UACAAGUUUGGGCCUCACACUAUUCCGGGAUCUCACGUGUUUGUGCUAUCAAAUCUCUGUUACGGAUUUGUGAACUUGAAGCCCGUCGUGCCAGGCCACGUGCUCGUCAGCACCAAGCGCGUCGUACAACGAUUCACUGACCUGACGCCGGAUGAGGUUUCCGACCUAUGGUUGUUGGCGCAACGGAUCGGUAAAACCGUGGAGGCUCAUUACGGCGCGCAGUCACUUACCCUGGCCAUCCAGGAUGGGGCCUUUGCAGGUCAAACGGUGCCGCACGUGCACAUCCACGUGCUGCCUCGCAAGGCGGGCGACUUCCCCCGUAACGACCAGGUGUACGACGCCAUUGACCACAAGGCAGCCGACUCCGGCCCCGGUGAGAAGCUCGACCUGGACAAGGAGCGCCGGGUCCGGACCCACGUUGAGAUGGCGGAAGAGGCGGCGGAGCUUCGGGCGCUGCUACAGCUGAACAGCGCUACGGCCACUGAGGCCCCGUGA